AUGAUAUAUGCAGUUGAUGAAAUCAACAAAACUCCUCACUUUCUGCCAAAUAUGACCCUUGGAUUCGGGAUUCAUGAUACCUGUGGGUUAGCCAAAAGAGCUAUUCAGGGCACAAUGCAGCUGCUAACAGGUGUAAAUCUGCAAAUUCCAAAUUACCAUUGUGAAACAAAGAAAUUGGUUGCUGCCAUCAUAGGGGAUGCUACAUCCAAGAAUUCCAUAUCUGUAGCCCAGUUAGUUGGACUUUAUGGACAGCCUCAGGUUAGUUAUGGUUCGACGGUGGCACUACUCAGCAACAAGAAACUAUUUCCUUCAUUCUUACGCACAGUGCCUAGUGACAAAUUUCAGUCUGUUGGCUUAGCUCACCUGAUUAAAUAUUUUGGCUGGACCUGGGUUGGAAUCUUGGCAGAGGAAAGUGACUAUGGACAGCAGGGUGGUCAGACUGUUAAGGAAGAGCUCCUGACAUCCGCAGCUUGUAUUGCAUUCUAUGAAUCAAUUCCUGGGGUUUAUAAUGAGAAAAAAACUCAGAGAAUCAUUGAUGUUAUCAAGGCAUCAUCUGCAAAUGUCAUUCUGGCCUUUUCAAAUGGGGACAGUUUAAAUCCUAUCUUAGAAGAUAUAUUCAGGCAUAACAUAACUAACAAAGUCUGGCUUGCCUCUGAUGGCUGGUGUUUCUCUGCCAUCUUUUCCAAAAAUAAUGUUGUUAAAAUACUAAAUGGUACCAUUGGAUUUACAUCUGGAAAAGGUGAGAUGCCUUACUUUAAAGAAUACCUUUUGGGUGUUAACCCUUUCAAAAGUCCUGAGGAUAUCUUUAUGAAAGAAUUUUGGGAGGCAGCAUUUGGUUGUAAAUGGUGGCACAAUAAUUUAAGUCAGCCUGUGACUAGUAUAGUAAACGAUGAUACACUGCUUUGUUCUGGGAGUGAAAAACUAAAAGAACUGAAUUCUUUCACAGAUGUCUCUUUCCUAACAACACCUUACAAUGUAUACCAAUCUGUAUAUGCAGCUGCAUAUGCUUUGCAUGACAUGUUUUCAUGCUCUCCAGGUUAUGGUUUACUGAAGAAUGGAUCAUGUCCUAAUAUAUAUGACUUUGAACCCUGGCAGGUGCUGACAUAUAUAAAGAGAGUAAACUUCAAAAAUAAAGUUGGCGAUGAACUAUUCUUUGACAUAAAUGGGGACCCACCAGCAGUUUAUGACAUUCUGAACUGGCAAGUUAACCAAAAUGGGUUGUCUCACUAUGUUGAUAUUGGAAGAUACAGAACCAGUGCCACCCCUAAGCUGGUCAUCAAUGAAAGUCGAAUUCUUUGGAAUGGAGGGUACACCCAGGUUCCAAAGUCUGUAUGCAGUGAGAGUUGCCACCUUGGCUAUAGAAGAGCUAACCUUCAGGGCCAGCCCAGGUGCUGUUACACCUGUGUCUUAUGUCCCAAAGGUGAAAUUACGAACCAAAGUGAUUCCGAUAGUUGUUGGAUGUGCCCAGAAGAUUAUUGGUCCAGUGCUGCCAGAAAUAAGUGUCUUCUAAGAACCAUAGAAUAUCUCUCGUUUGAAGAACCCCUGGGUGUCACUUUGACUUCUUCCUCCAUUAUCUUCUCACUAAUUCCUGUCACAGUGCUAAUGGUCUUUCUGAGACACAGAGAUACUCCAGUUGUGAAAGCCAACAAUCGCAGCAUCAGUUACCUUCUUUUGCUUGCCCUCACAAUGUGCUUCCUUUCUUCUUUGAUGUUUAUUGGCCACCCAGGUGGACUAACAUGCCUACUACGACAAGCCACCUUUGGCAUAGUCUUCACUCUCUGUGUAUCCUGUGUGCUGGCGAAAACUGUCAUGGUAGUGAUAGCCUUCAAUGCUACAAAACCAAACAGCAGCUUGAAGAACUGGGUCAGGCCUGCUUUGCCAAACAGUAUUAUAUUUCUCUGCACCAUGUUCCAGAUUAUUCUAUGCAUUGUCUGGUUAACAGUUUAUCCUCCCUUUCCAGAAAAGAACAGGAAUGCAUGGCAUGAUAAAAUAAUUAUUGAAUGCAAUGAGGGCUCAAGCAUUGCCUUUUGGUGUUUACUGGGGUAUCUGGGGCUUUUAGCAAGCAUAAGUUUUGUUGUUGCAUUCCUGGCUAGAAAGUUACCAGACAGCUUUAAUGAGGCGCAGUUUAUUACAUUCAGCAUGCUGGUAUUUGUUAGUGUGUGGCUGUCAUUUAUCCCUGCCUACCUGAGCACCAAAGGAAAGUACAUGGUUGCAGUGGAGAUCUUUGCAAUCCUGUCUUCCAGUGCUGGAUUGUUCUCCUGUAUAUUUGUGCCUAAAUGUUAUAUUAUUCUACUGCGACCUGAGAUGAACACCAGAGACUAUCUCAUGGGGAAAGGAAAUGUCAGCAAUAAGCAAAGCAAAUAA